GGAUGAGGAAAGGGCGGAGCUAUGCGUUGCAGUUUUCAAAUGCGACCGAGAAGGAGAAGGACGAAGCUUUGGGUGUGGAUGUCUCUGCUAGCAAGCCUUUAACCUGGAUCCCCAGCUGACAUCCAUCAAGAUGAUGAGUGAAGGAGAAUAUGUCUUUUGCAAGUGGAAAAAACGACUGUGGCCAGCACAGGUCCGAGCAGUGAAGCCCAGAAGGUGGUAGAAGAAUUAACUUAUCGCCGAGCCUUGCGGGAGUUGCUGGAGAUCAUGAAGAAACAGGCAACCCCUAAAAGUCCUGACUCUCUUAGGCGAAGGAGUAAAGAGGCAUCAACCGGGAAAGGACAGCAAGAGCAAUCCUCAACGCCCCAGCAACCCCUUUCUCCCCGAAGAAGCCCCCGUGGGACAGGCAGGGCCUUUCCAGAUUCUCCAGCCAGAUCACUGAGACCUUUGGAGACCAGAACCAAUAACCCGCCUACCUGCAAACCUCCCUCCUCUGCAUCGGGGAAGCUUCCAGGUGUCAGGAAGCCAGCCCGUAAGGCUGGCAAAGUUUUGAAAGCCUCAAAGCCAAACAUCGCACAUCGUCCUGCAGCACCACCCCAACUCUCCCAGAGGUCUCCCCUGGCCUCCAAGGGGCAUCGGCAAGCUGGCGGUCCAUUUGGAAGGAACCGGCCGGUGAGAACUAGCACCCCGGACUCUACUUCGCGCAAGCGCUGCCCCAGGUUCCCGCCAGCAAAGGGAAGAGACGAGGCCGCCUCAAACCUGCGGAGGAGUUUGCUGGGACCCACCCUCAAAGGGUUUUCGUCCCUAGCUCUCCCGGCCAAGCCAGCGGGACGGAAACGGAAGAAGUGGCAGCCGCCCUCUAGGGGCAGCAGGCGCUCCCUGCGCUUGGAAGCCGCUUGCUCAAAGCAGGUCCCGGCCACUCAGGAACCCCCCCUGGAAAAGUCACAAUGCCCGAGUGGGGGAGAGCCCAGAGAGCACAGGGAAUCUUCUCUGGACUGUUCUCCCGGGGAACUGAAAAAGGAGCCUGCUCCAUAUACAGCUGGAGUUCGAGAAGGCUUGUUUCCAGAAUUUGUGGAUAAGGAAGAUCAGGCAUCUGAUCUUUCACUGCAGCUGAGUCCCGUAAGGAAUGUGAGUCCGAGCCCAGAGUCAAAGGAUGAAGAGGAAGAGGAGGAAUUACCCAGCAUUUUCUUACAUCAAGAGCCUUGUGGUUUUGAAGUUGGGUUGAUGGUUUGGUGCAAGCUCCCAAGAUAUCCCUACUGGCCAGCUGUGGUGAAAAGGGUACAUCGGAAAGCUAAGAAAGCCAAUGUCGUCCUUAUAGAGAAAUGCAUGGAUGCCAUGAAAACUAAGGGGAGAAAGCCAGGGAGAACUAUAGCCACGAACUCAACUGGUGCAUCAGCUUGAUUGCGGAUUACAGAAUUAGAGUAGGUUGUCAUUCUUUUGUGGGGUCCUUCCUGGAAUACUAUGUUGAUGAUAUGAGCUCUCCGGUCCGAAAAGAAUCCUUCCAUACUUUAUCCCAGCUGAGCUGCCCUCAAGUGGAGGUGUUGGACAGCAGCGGGGAGCUUCUUGCUGAGAUAAACCCCCCAAAGCAAGUGAAGAAAAUACUUCCUGACCGGACGCGAGCUGCCCGAGACCGAGCCAACAAGCAGAUUGUGGAGUUCAUCGUAAAAGCCAAAGGAGCGGACGAGCACCUCCGCUCCAUCCUGAAGAGCCAGAAACAGUCACGCUGGCUGAGUAAAUCCCUCAAAACACCCCGGUAUUUGAUCCUGGAGACCUACUUGGAGGAUGAUUAUCAACAGGACCUUGUGCUCAAUUACUUAAAGGAAGUUUAUCGGGAAGUUGGAGCCAAGAAACUGCCGGUUAAAAAUAGAGACAUGGCCAAAUUUGUCCUCGAAGUACUUUUUCCAGAAGGAAAGAGAAGAAUUUGAAAAAGAAAUCCAAGAGGAGAAGCAAAAUUUUGCCAAGAAACCG